UCACAUGUAGUGCUCCUUUCAACGCGCUUUCAUUCAUGACUUGAAAAGGCGCUUCUGAUAUUUGCCCAACAGUUUCUUCCUUUCAAAAGGACCUGUUACGUAAAGUCAUAAGGACGAAGAUAUUUUCAAGUUGCAUAAAGUCCGACGUGUGAACAAAUUUAAUCUUGCAAAUUAGCUAAUUUGAUUAAGUUUCUGGUUAUCUGUGAAUAUCCGCUUACUAAUUCUCCGGAGCGAUGGUGACGAAGUGGCUAAUCGAUACGAGGCAACUAUGAAGUGUUGUUUGCCUUUUAAUUGAGUGAAAAAUCAUUUGUGGUGAUAUUAUACGAGCACUAAGUUAUAUAAGUGCCCAAAGGGGGAAAGUGUAGUGAAAGUCAAGUGGGAAAGACUAGUUAUCAGCUUCUGCGGUCGUGCUGAGUGACUCUAGAAGCUCCAGACGUACGUAUUUCAGGGGAGCAUGCCUACUUUAUGUGACUUUUGACAUUAACAUUCAUCACAAGAAUGGAAUUUCUGCUCUUCCGACCCCUUAUGAUUAGCAUUGGGCAUGAACUUGAGGAGGCACUUGAUAUCAUAUUUUCAUUAUCCUUUUUGUGGAUGCGCCUUUGUCUGCAUUUAUUUAUUUUUCUGAGUAUGGAUGAAUUGUUCGAGUGUUAUCUUAGAAAGAACCACUUUUCCUUUUGGCUGUGUUUAUACAAAGAAAUAAAGUAAAUAUAAAUUUCUUGAAGUAAAUGUCUCGCAUUAGGAACAUCCUAUUUAAUUUAUUUAAACAAUUUCCAUAAUAUCCCAUCUCAUUCUAAUCGGCUUAGGUGAGCAGAAUAUCAAUGAACUUUGGUCAACCGAUUCAGGAUAUAAUUUCGUCUACAGAAUGCUAUACCCAACUAUUAUGUUGAUGUUUAUCGCCAUUGUGGUGCGGUCUGUCUCCUCAACUUGUGUUUACACACGUAUACAUAGUUGAAUUCUUUCGGUUCAGAGAAGGUUCAGCGUAUUCUUAAUCGAAUUGUUUUGUGGGUGGAAAAAUGUCCCCCAACUCCUGUUAAUUAGGUAGUCAAACUUUGCUUGUCCGUCAUUUCGCUUAGGACAAAUGUUAGGGAAUUCAAUAUGUGGGUAAUAAUGAAGGUUUAAUUACCGUUCCUGAUUGAUGUUGUUCGAAAAGAUAUCGCGAAAGGACGACAGAUAAGCAGCAGUAAACUACAUAUAUUAUUUUAAUUUGAUAUGACCCCAUAGUGUAGACUUUCUGAGAAAAGCUAGUAAUUUUCCGCUAAAUUCUAAAUCCUUGUCCCAGUAAACAGAUUUGAUUUUGGAAAAUGAUUUUUGCAUGUUUGUUGUUAUCUUAGAAUUUUUAAAUUUAAUUCACAUCUAAUUAUAUCUAUUUAUCUUUAUCAAUGUCUUUUGCAUUCCCUAGAAUGAACUGAAACCACAAAUGGAUUCAAGCACUUAGCAAUAAGCACUAUUAUUUUCAACAGCAACUCACAGUCGAAAUAGUUAUUGAUACUUGUAGUAGCCAUCACGAAUCUGCACUGUCUAAUGUACACGUUUUUCUCUUAAGUUAAGUGUAUUACACUCAUAUUUGUUUGCAUUGCAACUUAUCAAUUAAUUUUAUUUAUAUAUAUUUAUUUGUGCACAUAACACACACACGUUUCUGAUUUUUUUUUUUCAAAUUUAAACGCACAUUAUGGCCAAUACUGCACAAUUAUUACGACGUCAAAGUUCGCGAGAUAUUCCGUUGAGAACGCAAAGAAGUUUGGAUAACUUAGAAUUGAAGAACUCCUUAAAGGAACUACGAGGGCGAUUAGUGCGAGCAGAAAAUGGGAGCAGUGGACCGCCUAUGUAUGGUGCAACGAAUCAAGCAUUCAUCCCCGACAGUUCGCCGGAUGGCGAUAAACCUUUCAUUAAUGAACCAGGAAAACCACAUGUUCAGAUUGCGGAAAGUGAAAUGGUACAGGAAAAGCCGGAAGAUGAGAGGGAAAGUUGGGAUAGUAAGCUGACUUUCCUAUUAGCGACAAUAGGAUAUGCUGUGGGACUAGGCAAUGUUUGGAGAUUUCCAUAUCUUGCGCAGAAAAAUGGUGGUGGAGCGUUUUUAGUUCCAUAUUUUGUGAUGCUGUUCAUUCAAGGUAUUCCGAUAUUUUAUUUAGAGUUAGCGGUAGGACAACGAUUAAGAAAAGGUGCUAUCGGCGUGUGGAAUCAGAUUUCACCUUUUUUGGGUGGAAUAGGUAUUUCGUCGGCUGUUGUGAGUUACAUUGUAGCCUUGUACUACAACACGAUAAUAGCAUGGUGUUUAAUAUAUUUCCUGCAUAGUUUUGAAUCACCACUACCAUGGGCUGAAUGCCCAACAAGAUUGUAUAAAAACUAUACUUAUGACCUUGAACCAGAAUGUGUGGCUUCAUCACCAACCCAAUACUACUGGUAUCGGUCAACUCUAAUGUCCUCGUCAAGUGUUAACGAACCUGAACAAUUCAAUUACUAUAUGGCCUUAGCGUUAGUAGUUUCCUGGUUUCUAGUCUACAUCUGCAUGGUUCAAGGGAUAACAUCAUCAGGAAAAAUUGUAUAUAUCACAGCCAUCUUUCCAUAUAUAGUCCUGAUAAUAUUCUUUUUUCGAGGAAUCACUCUAAAGGGUGCGUCUGAUGGGAUACUGCAUUUAUUUACGCCACGAUGGGAGGAGGUUCUAGAGCCAGUGGUAUGGUUAGAAGCAGGGACUCAAAUAUUUUUCUCGCUUGGGCUUGCGUUCGGUGGAUUGAUAGCUUUCAGUUCGUAUAAUCCAGCAAACAACAACUGCUACCGAGACGCCCUAUUGGUUUCAUUAACGAACUGUGGCACAUCAAUGUUUGCAGGAGUCGUUGUUUUUUCGGUGAUUGGCUUCAAGGCGCACGCGACGUUUGAUCGAUGUGUUGAACAUCGGAACGAAAUGUUGUCAAUUAACAAGACCAAAGGACUGCCAGUUUGCGACCUCCAAGAAGAACUAGCGAAUAGUGCAUCUGGUACCGGUUUGGCAUUUAUCAUUUUCACUGAAGCGAUCAAUCAAUUUCCUGGAGCACAACUGUGGGCGGUACUGUUCUUUCUUAUGCUAUUUACUCUAGGGAUAGAUUCACAGUUCGGGACCUUAGAAGGUGUUGCAACUUCGUUGGUUGAUAUGAAAUUGUUCCCUAAUUUGCCAAAGGAGUAUAUUAUUGGGGGGCUAUGUUGUUCGUGCUGCGCCAUCUCCAUGUGUUUUGCGCAUGGCGCUGGCAGCUACAUUUUUCAACUGAUGGAUAGUUUCGCUGGAAAUUUCCCAUUACUAAUUAUUGCCUUGUGUGAAUGUUUAUCUAUAAGUUAUAUUUAUGGAGUAAGAAGAUUUGCUGAUGACAUUGAACUUAUGACUGGAUCCCGUCCUUCCUUAUACUGGAUGUUCUGCUGGAAAUAUCUAUCCCCAAUUGCAAUGAUAACAAUUCUUUGUGCAUCUGUCUUUGAAUUAGCUACGAAUGGAAGCAGUUAUCCUGCUUGGAAUGCCGUUACCGGAAUGACUGAACAAAUGGAAUGGCCCCAUUGGUGUAUAGUUGUUGCAGGCUGCUUAAUAUUAGUUUCCAUCAUUUGGAUACCUCUGGUUGCACUAUUCAAACUUAUUGGUGUAACAAUUGUUGAAGACACCGAACCAGCAUGGUUCCCAACUGCCGAAUUGCGUGAAGUGCAUGGUAUUGUUCCACAUGAGCCCACCGAAAUUGAGAGGUCGUUAUUCUGCUUCAAUUCGGACGGGACAGAAGGUAUGUGUUGUCCUACUUAUGCGGUGCCAGAGGUAUCGCUAGAGGAAGAAGACUAA